AUGUUACGGGUCACGGCACUUAGGAUGGCAAAAUCUACAACACUUACCCUGCCUGCGUUGGCUGGUUGUCGCAUUGCCCUUGCGCUCGCGACGGACCUCUACGACACCCUCAAGCACAACCACCAACUCGCUUCCCCAUUAACCUCCUACCUCAACCUGCAAGAAGGAGUGUUCCUUUUCAAGAAUGGAGUAAACCCUUACUCUGGCGGUGUGUUUAGACACUCCCCGAUUCUCUUGUCGCUCUUCACGACUGUUAUACCUACUUCAAGAAGGCUGGCUUCCAUUCUCUGGACCCUCUCAGAUAUCGCAGGAGCGUGGGCACUUGUACAACUGUGGAGAGCACGUCAACGGGCUCCCCAAACCUCCAGGGACGGUCUGGUUGCUGCUGCAUAUCUUCUUAAUCCCUACCUCUUUCUCCCUACCCUCGCGCUUUCAUCCUCCACGUUCGAGAAUACCCUUACGCUGUUGUCCCUUAUGUUUGCUGCUCAAGGAAAUGCGUCGCUUGCGCUUGUCUCCGCGGCCAUUCUCUUGCACCUAUCCUUGCCGUCGAUAUUAUUGUCAGCGCCGUUAAUACUACUGUUGUCAAGUUCCAAUGGUCCACUAUCGCAAUUAGCGUCCCCGCGAGCUUUCACGCCCAACGACAAGAAGUGGAUAGCUCUCCUUGGCGAAUACGUUGCAUAUGCCGUCUUUCUAUCUGUUAUAUCAACUCUUGUCUCUGGUGGCUUGUCUUGGAUACCUCAAACCUGGGGUGCAAAUAUCACCCUCCCGGAUCUGACCCCGAACGUUGGUGUUUGGUGGUACUUUUUCACUGAAAUGUUCGACCACUUCCGACCGUUUUUCUUGAUGGUAUUUUCGGUCCAUCUUAUCAUCUAUGUAGCCCCGCUCUGCAUAAAGUUCCAAUAUGACCCACUCUACGCCGCCUUCGUUCUUUUAGGCGUGCUGGGAACAUUCAAGGCGUAUCCGACCAUGGCCGAUAUAGGGUUAUUUGCCAGCAUGUUCGCUGUGUUCCCCGAACUCUUUCCCUAUCUCCGCCAUCCCAUCGUGACAAUUCUUCUCCAUUUACACGCCGCCCUGCUCAUGCCACUCUUCCACCAUCUGUGGCUCAGUCAAGGCACUGCUAACGCCAACUUUUUCUACGCCACCACCUUGGUGUUUGCCUGUGCCAACGGGGCGGCGCUAACGGACUGUAUCUGGGCGGGAUUGAGGAUAGCAAUUGGCGCACCAGAAGAAGGCUUUUCUGUCGUACAAGAAUAG